AUGACCAAGUCGCAUAACUUUUUGCCGUUGAGAAGAGAACAGAUCGGGGCAGUUGCACCUCGGUAUCAGCUUCAAGUGAUUCAACAACCUGAGCAAGCCAGAGCUACAGGAAGAAGCAAAAGAUUUACUGGAAGAAGAACUAUUGAUCCUCCCCCUGUUAUCCAAGUGUCUUUAUUACAUUACUCUACAACUCUACAAUCUUCGCAGGAUGAUGAUAUACGAAUGGAUGAUGAUAAUAUGACCCGACAAUCUUCCAUACCCACAAAUGUUACGGAACACAAACAUCUACUGGAAAAUGGUAUUGUUUCUGACACAGACAAAGAUGUAGAAAUGAAGGAUGAGAACAAUAUUGCUGACUCAAAACAAGAAUAUAAUUAUAAUAGUGGCAACCAUAAUGGUGGUGAUGGAUAUAUGGUUCCUGAGUUGAAAGUUGAAGAUGCUGAAACCUCGAGCGAUGAUCAGUCGCAGAACUAUGAACCAACCGAUAUCAUUCAACAUACUCUAAAUCCAUUGAUUCUCGUAGCUUCAAUUGUCGAUGAAAACGCCCCUCCGUUGAUCCAGCAACCAGUGUCCAGAUUAUCGACCAACUUUGAUAGCGAUGAAAAAUUAGAAUCGCAAUCUGAAAAUAACGAGGUCAAUAAACCGAUCAUGGAAGUUGAUGAGAAAAAAGAUGAUGAUAUUUCCAGCAGUAGUAGCCCGCCACCAACUCUGAACUCAGGAUAUUUUAAUAAUAAUUUGAAUAGGCUACCAGACUUUGAAAACCUUGUGGGUACAAAAUCGGUAGUCGCCAAUAUGGUGAGCGAUAAAAAUAUGGAGAAAGAGUCUUCGCCAAUGAAGGCAGUGUUUGUUUUCAGCAAUCUUAGUGUGAAACAAGAUGGUAAUUAUAAAUUGCGGUUUACCCUUUACGAAUUUGCGAGUUAUAAUAGUUUAUAUAACCAUAAUUCUUUCACUACUCCAUACAAUGGGGACUCAUUAUCGGUUCGUCCAAUGAUUAUUCCUCGAGGUACCAUCGACUCGGCGGUUUUCAAAGUUUAUACCGCAAAGAAAUUCCCUGGAUUGACAACUUCUUCAAAAUUGUCGUUUGAUUUGAAAAGUUCAGGUACAAAGAUCAAGGUUCGCCAUUCUAUCAGAUCAGGAAAGAAAUCGCAAUCUCAGGCGCUGGACCCUCGUUCUUUGAUUUCUAGAAGUGGGAUUUUCCGAAGAAAUAGUUCAAAUACCGACUCCAACACACCCAAAGACCCACAGUCCACUCAGGCGUCCAUUGAUAGUAAUAUGAUGAUGUCCACCCCUCCAAGUACGGUGCGGGAAGAAAUCACUAGACGGACCAGCGUUGAUCUGGACUCAGAUCGCGCGGCAAUUUAUGUUAAUUCUAGUUAUUUGUCGCCUCAUGGGAACUAUACCAGUAGCUUAUACGGUAAUGAUGUCGGCGAUACCGGGUCCAUCAAUAGUUUUGCCACCGGUGCUCUGGCAGAUUACUUAUCAAUGACACCAAUUGUCACAACGAUGUCGGCAAGCAGUACCUCAUCUUUGCAAAGUGCUGCCCAUUCCUUUGGCUCAUUUUUUUCAUUGGGCAGAGGUAAUCAUAGUCAGUCACAGCUGCAGCUGCUGCUGCUGCAACCACAACAAAUCCUUCCUCAUCUUCGGCCGUCGACUUCUUUAUCUCACUUGAAUUCGGAAUUAUCCCCUUUGAAAAUGCUUUCUGACGUGUCUUCCCAACAAGUUCCGUUGGCGCAUAACCAGCACCAGCACCAACACCAACAUCAGCAUCACCACCACCACCAGGAUGGUUUAAUUCCUUCACCACCUGGAUCACCGAAUCCCGAAGCGUUGCUCAGUAUUUCCAAUUCCAGUAGUAGUACCGUCAAUGGUUAUUAUACCACCCCGGUUCAAGACCGUAAUGGGUAUUAUCAUCCAUACCAGCGGUCUAGGGCCAAUACUAUUGCCAGUAACGCUAGCAGUAUCACCAGAUCCAACAGUAUUGGGAACUUGGCUGCGUCGGUCAAUAAAAGUCAUAAACUGAGUUUGAGCAAUGGUGCAAAUAGCAUUUAUUCCGUCACCGCCACCACUACCAGUAAUAAUAAUAAUAAUAAUAAUGGAAUUGGAGGAUCAUACGCCAAUAAUUAUGGCGGUAAUGGAAAUAACUUGAGUAACUCUAGCAUGAAUAAUAGUGGAAAUUUGAAUUCUGGAAAUAAUAGAUAUGAUCACCAAUCUCAAGAUAGUUUAUCAUCGCGCAACUCACAAUCAUUUUCCAUUCCAACGUCAGUUUAUUUCCAAACCCCUAACAAUAAUCAUUUGAAUUUGGCCAAUAGCUUGGUGAAAAAGAGAAGUGAUCAGUAUUUGAGAGAUGAUGAUUAUGAUAAAGAUGAGUACCGAAAUAAUGAAAAUAAUGGCACUGAUAGUAAUAUGAAUAGAAGAGACGGCGAAAGAGGGGAAAAGGCUACAAAGAAGAGCAAAACUGAAAGAGGCAAUCAAUACAAAGCUGCAAUAAUGAAGAUCCAGAACAUCAUUAAUUGA